AUGUUUUACAAACCUGGAGUCGAUGAUCACGGGCUUCCCUAUGACCCAUUCAAGCAGGCAUGCGUAGUACCAAGAGCCAUUGGAUGGAUUUCAACUGUGUCAUCGAAAGGCGACCAAAACUUGGCGCCGUACAGUCAAUUCACCAAUGUCACUUUUGACCCACCCAUGGUGAUGUUUAGCGCAAACCAAACUCUGAGCGCAAAUCCAGAGCGCAAGGACACCGUGGAAAACAUUGAGCAAACGCGCGUGUUUUGUUGGCAGCUGUGCACGUACGAUUUACGAGAAAGCGUCAACAUCUCGGCAGAAGCAGUGGGCCCUGAGGUGGAUGAGUUCGAGCGGGCUGGGCUGGCAAAGACCUGGUCAACGAGCUUGAAUACGCCAGUGCCAAUGGUGGCCGAUUCUCCGGUUCGGUUCGAGUGCGAAUACGUCCAGACCGUCCGGCUUCCCGGGAAGCCCCCAUUAGGCACUGUGGAUGUUGUCUUUGGGAAAGUCGUAGGGGUUCACAUCGAUGAACGUAUCUUGACAAACGGGAAAAUCGACGUGAGGAAGACGAACCCCAUUGCCCGUCUUGGAUACUUCGAGUACGCCGUCGUCAGAGACUCUUUUGAGAUGGUAGUUCCUGGUGAUAAGCGUCUCCUUAUUGGGCUCGAAGGCAACGCGUCCAGGCACAGGGAUGAAUUGGCUAAAGAGGAGGAAACGAAAUAG